AUGGUCGUGCUGGGGAUGUUCCAGCUUGCCUUCAGCACCGUCUGUGUCACCUGUGGGUUCAUAGAUGGCAUUUUCAGAACAGAGUCCCAACUGGGCAAAACCAGAGCUCCAAUUUGGGCUGGCAUGGUGAUGGGAGUCCCAGGCAUCCUGGCUUUGUUCUCCUCGCAGAGGAAGAACCCAGUUCUUGUGAAUGUACUGAUAGUUGCUUCCAUAAUCUCUUGUGUUGCCAUCUUCAUUGUAAUAGUUUAUAGCUCCUUCACACUGAGCUAUGGUGAAGAGGAGGAGCUGAGUUCUGCCCCAGUCCAUGUUAUCCAUACUAGGUUUGUGCUCAGUAGGGUUGUCCAGGGUGCCAACAUCGCCAUGCUGGCCGUGUCCAUCUGCAGUGCCUGUUGUGUGCUGGCCAUGGCUUACCUGGGCUGCCGGAGCCUUCCGCGCUGCUCCUGCUACGACAGCGUCACUGGCAUGGAAUGGUUGCAGCCCAGUGAGGACCAAAAUCAGGCCGUGGAAAUGAUUUGUGCUGUACAAAGCCCUGGGCGGGGAAUUUUUACCUUCACAGAUCGGUUUCCAGCCCAGGAUGCAGAUGCAGAAGAAGACACAUCCAAACCUCCACCAUAUAUCAGAAUGACUUGA